UGUGAAAAUGGCGGCACUCUUGCUGCAGGAGUUGGAUCCUCCUGAGGUGUCCAAACUCCCCAAAACACUUCAAAACAAGCUCGAAAAACUCCUUUCAGAUCAGCAGUAUAAAAUAGACUCACUGAAAGCUCAGCAAGAACAGUUUCGGGUCGACAGCGAGCAACAGUUUUUUGAAAAGGUUAAACAGCUUUCACAAUGUCAGGAAGAGUUCUUGACCAAGACUCAAGACCAUCACAGACUCAAAGAGGAGCUGAACAAACUUGAGGAGGAACUCAAUAGUUCUCGUGAUAAGAACAGAGAAUAUGAAUCUACGCAGGACAAGUUGUCAUCGGAGCAGACUUUUCUGUCAAAAGCCAAAGAGGAGCUGGAGUCAGAGAAGCGAGACCUUGUUCGAACCCUGGAGAGGAGAUCGCUGGAAGUUGAGCAUUUAAAUGAUGACAUGAGGCAGCUCAAUGAUAAGUUAGUAGAAGUCAGCAGCUCUAAGAUGGCUCUGCAGAUGAAGUUGGAUGACUUCGAAACAGUAGAAGUCAACAUAAAAUACAAAGAGAAGCGUAUGGAGCAAGAGAAGGGACUGCUGCAUGGUCAAAUUUCAUGGCUGAACGGAGAGCUGAAGUCCAAAACGGAAGAACUGCUGUCUCUGUCCCGGCAAAAGGGUAAUGAAAUCCUGGAGCUGAAGUGCGUCCUAGAGAAUAAGGAAGAUGAGUUUAAUAAAGUCCAAGAACAAGUGGGCAGUUUGAAGACUUCCAAUGAGCAUCUUCAGAAACAAAAUGAAGAGAUGAUCAGCAAACUCAAAGAAACCAAGGACCAACAGGCCACCAUGGAGGAGAAGUUCAGAAAUGAGUUGAAUGCCAACAUUAAGCUUAGUAAUUUAUACAAGGGAGCGGCAGCAGAUUCUGAGGCAAAGAGUGACGAGCUGAGUCAUGCCGUAGAUGAACUGCACAAACUGUUGAAAGAUGCUGGAGAAGCCAACAAGGCUCUUGAAGAGAAGCUGCAGGAAAUGAACGGUGCCACAGACAAGAGUGUUAGUGAGUUAACGGACAGGAUCCAAAGCCUUGAGAAAGAGCUGGAAAGUGCCAACGACCUGCUGUCAAGUUCCAAACUUAGAGGCCCUGGCACAUCUGUGCUGACAGAGGAGCAAAUGACAGCAAUGUCUCCAACAGCAGCUGCUGUCUCCAAAAUAAAGCCCGGUAUGAAGCUGACUGAGUUGUAUGUUGCAUAUGUGGAGAGCCAGGAGCAGUUGCAGUUGGAGCGAUUGGAGAAUAAGCGGAUCAACAAGUAUCUGGAUGACAUUGUUCAGGAAGUAGAAGCAAAGGCCCCCAUCCUCAAACGGCAAAGGGACGAGCAUGAGCGCAUGCAGAAGUCAGUGGCCAGUCUUUCAGCCAAGUUGGAGCAAGCUUUUAAGGAGGUGCACCGACUACAAAACGAUGCCGAUGAAGCCAACAAGCGCUCAUCUGUCCUGGAAAGAGAGAACCAGAGGUCUGACCUCCAACUGUCUGAUAUGGCACAACAGGUCCGUGUGCUGUUGGUUGAGCUGGAAGAGGCGCGUGGCAACCACGUCAUUCAAGAAGGCGUGAGCUCGGCAGAUAUCAGCAGCACUUCAGAAGUGAUCAGUCAGCACUUGGUGACCUUCCGCAGCAUAGAGGAGCUUCAGAAGCAAAACCAGCGUCUUCUAGUGGCCCUCAGAGAGCUCAGCGAUGCUCAAGAGAAAGAGGAGUUUGAAGCCACCGGCAACAGGGGUGGGGAGCUGGAGCAGUGUUUGGAGCAAGCCCAGGCUGAGCUGGAGUCUUUGAAGGAGCAACGCAGCAAACACAUAAAGAUGACUGAGUCCGUCGUGAGGCAGAGAGACAUGUACCGUGUGUUACUGGCUCAGGCAACUGGAGUCAGCUUCCCACCACAAGGUACUCCACCUGAGGAGUUCUCUUUGACCUCGACCCCUCGAGGUUCACCAGCAGCCACUCCCACCAAAGGGACCCCUACUACGCUGGUUUCUAUGGGUGCAGACUCUACUGAAGCAGUGGAGGCCAGGGCUGCUUUGAGACAGCUACAGGAGGUGUUCUCCACCUAUAAGAAGGAGCGGGUGGAUAGUGACAAGGCCAUGACCCAGCAGAAUGAAAAGUUGCUGGAGCAGCUCUCUGACCUUCGCGCUCAGAACGCCAAGACAUCCACCCAGUUAGAAUUUGCCUCCAAGAGGUAUGAAAUGCUGCAAGACAAUGUUGAAGGGUACAGAAAGGAAAUUGCUUCACUUAGAGAGAAAGGACAGAAGAUGACGGCUACAACACAGAACCUUGAGCAGACCAUCAACACGUUGAAAGAGGAUCUUAAAUCUGCCACGGAGAAACUCAACUUAACUGAGGGCCAUGCUGAGAAUUUGCGCAAGGAGAGAGAUAUGCUGAAGCUGGUGGAGUCCACGCUCACCCAGGAGAAGAAGUCAAUAGCGGGCCAACAACAGAGCCAGAACCUGCUGCUGAGCAACCUCCAGGCUAUCCAGGCCACCCUCGAGCGUUCGGAGAUGGAUACACGUCAGCGUCUCAACAGCCAGCUUGAGAAGCAGGAACGGGAGAUCUCCCACCUCCAGAAGAGGCUUGAGGGGGAAGUGGAACAGCGCCACCUGCUCACCAGAAACCAGGAAAUCCAUUUGAUGGAUGUAAGGAGGCAGUUGGAGACGCAGGUGGCGUUGCAUCAGAAAACCAAGGAGCUACUCAGUGCUGCUGAGAUGGAGCUCCAUACCCUCAGGAUGCAGCAAGGCAGCAUUGAAGCACAUCGCACCCUGGGCUCCCCAUCCACACCCAACAUCAGAGUUUCAAGCCUGCAGAGUUCAGAUCAAGACAGAGACCAUCUCCAAAGCCGCUUACAGCUGGCUGAAUCUCGAGUAGAGGAGCUCACGGAGAACCUCCGGGCCGCCACCUCCAGUCUGGAACAGUACAGAGCCAUGGCUCAGAGCCUGGAGGAGUCCCUGGACAAAGAGAAGCAGGUAACGGAGCAAGCCCGGUCGUCCAUUGAGGUCCGCAUUAAGGAAGCUGAGGAGCAGCACCGUAGACUGGAAGAGAAGCUUCUGGAGGCAGAAAAAGAAAAGCAAGACUUGGAGGACCAGAAGAAGAGAGCUCUGGCCUCUCUGGAGGAGCAGAUAAAUGGCCUGAAAAGAAGUCUCAGCGGCGCCCAGGCCGACCACCAGGCGGCACUGCAGCAGGUGGCUGUAGCUGAAACCCACCAGCGGCAGGCUCUGCAAGACAGCCAGGAGCAAGCUAAAAUGGCAGCUGAGGCUCAAGAUAAGUAUGAGCGGGAGAUGAUGCUGCAUGCGGCCGAUGUGGAGGCCCUCCAGGCCGCUAAGGCUCGAGCCCAGAAGGCUGACGAGUUCAGACACCAGCUUGAAGACAAGGCCCAGAGGGUCGGUGCUGAGUUACUGGAGGCUAGAGUCUCCUGGGAGGAGCAGGAGAAGAUCUUCAAGGAGGAGACGUCCAAAGCUGAGAGCCGCUGUGAUGAGUUGCAGAAGCAGAACACUCUCCUGCAUGAACAAGUCCAGACCAUGAGCAGCAAGAUGGCGGCUAAUAUACAGCGUGCUGCCAAUGAAAGCGCCUUAAAUGUAUCUUUGACUGAAGAGGGGAAAUCUCAAGACCAACUUCUUGAAAUACUCAGAUUUGUGCGUCGGGAAAAGGAGAUUGCUGAAUCUCGCUUUGAGGUGGCCCAAGGGGAGAGUUUACGUUACCGUUUGAGAGUGGAGCACUUGGAGCGAGAGCUCAAGGAAGCGCAGGACAGCCUGAGUGCUGAGAGGGAGAGAAUGCAGGUGACUGCAAAGACUCUGGCUCAGCAUGAUGAGCUGAUGAAGAAGACUGAAACAAUGAGCAUCUUGAUGGAGACCAACAAGAUGCUGAGAGAGGAGAAGAACCAAAGGGAACAGGAUCUUCAGCAAACUCAAGCUAAGGUACAAAGACUAGAGUCGGACAUCAUGCCGCUGCAACAGGCUAACUCUGAACUGAGUGAGAAAAAUGGCAUGCUUCAGGCGGAAAAAACUAUACUGGAAGAAGAUAUCAAGCGCUGGAAAGCACGAACUCAGCAUUUGGUGAGUCAGCAGAAAGAUUCAGAUCCUGAGGAGUAUAAGCGUCUUCAUUCUGAAAAGGAGGUACAUCUUAAACGCAUCCAGCAGCUCAAUGAAGAGAACACAAGACUCAAAGCCGAGGUGUCCAGGUCCAAUAAUCUCACAACGUCCCUGCAGAGCCAGAUACAGGGUUUACGUGACAUUUCAAAUAAAACAACCGAUGCCAGAAAUAUGUUGAAAAGGCAAUUGGAGACUAAGAACCAGGAGCUCCUGGAAAAGAAUCGAACCAUCACCCAGGUCAAGAAGAUCGGACGGCGCUACAAGACUCAGUAUGAUGAACUCAAGGUGGAUCAUGAAAAGCUGGUGGCAGAAGCUGCAGCAGGACCGUCCCAAGAUGAGGAGGCACGUCAAGCCUCAGUUCAAGAAGUGCAGACCCUCCGAGAUUCUCUGAGCCAGGCUGAAACCAAGACCAAAGAGCUGGAAGGGCAGCUGGAGAACAUCAACAAGGUGGCCACGGAGCGAGAGACCGACAUGCGGGAACAGUCUUCCAGGUUGACGACGGAGCUGAACAGGCUGAGGCAGGAGCUGCAACAUAAGGCUUCUCAGGAGGACAAUCUGAGACAGCAGAUGGCUGAAAAGGAGGAGAAAACCAGGAAGGCUCUCGUCAAUGCCAAGCAGAAGAUCGGCCAGCUUUCAGCCAUCAAGGACCAGCUGCAGAAGGAAAAUGAGGAAUUGAAGAAGGUGCACGAGGAGCUGGAAGUGCGAAUGAGUGCUCUCAAGUCUCAAUUUGAAGUACGUCUCAGUCGGCAGGAGCGAGAACUCAGAGAACUACGAGGUCAACAAGAGAGACAAGAGCAGAGAGAUGAGCCACCUGAGGCUGGUCCCAGCAAGACUCAGGAGCAGCAGAGGAGCACAGAGCAGAGGCAGAUCAGCCUGAAAACCACCCCGGUUGCAGACAGAGGAAGCGCCAGCACCUCCGAGCCUCCCACCGCCAACAUUAAGCCAACGCCUGUGAUCGCUACGGCCAGCAAACAGCCCGUCAACCCAGGGAACAAACCCACUCCAAGAGCAAGCAUAAGGCCCAUGAUAACCCCGGCCACGGUUCCCACUCCAACACCCACCGCUACAGUCAUGCCAACCACACAGGUGGAGACUCAGGAAGCAAUGCAGUCUACAGAAGGGCCGCCCGUGGAGCACGUGACCGUGUACGGCAGUGCCAGCGGCUCCGUCCGCUCCGCCAGCCCCAACGUCCAGACCACCUUGGCCAACCCCAUGCUGACUGUUCAGCAGAUCCAGACGCAGACCACAGCGUUUGUUCAGCCGACGCAGCAGCAGAGUGUGACCCACACAGAACCAUCCAAUCAGGAGCCGCCGCCCAUGGUGAUCGAGGCAACACCUAGCUCACAGGUGGAGUGGCCUUCCACAUCCUCAACCUCCUCUGUGUUCGGAACAGUUUCAGCGACACCAGGAACCUCGGCCAUGUCCAAGAGGCCCCGGGAGGAGGAGGAGAGCAGCACCGUGGUCACGGACACCGAGGCAUCUCAGGAGGAAACCCCAAGGGCUCCUAUAGCAAAGAAGUUGCGCAUCAUACAACGAGUGGAUCCAGAGGAGGAGGUGCUAGCUGAAGAGAGUGCUGAGGCUGAAGGGGUCGUGCCAACAGACGGUCAAGAGGAUGCAGAAGCGAGCCAGUCGGAGGAGUUUGCAAACAUGGAGGAAGGAGAUGACGGUGAAGCCUCUCAGACUGCCACGAUGGAGCAAGAGGGCACCCGGAUCACGGGUGAAACCCCUGACCAGCUGCAGCAGGAAGUAAUCGUCAUACUUACUGACAGUGAGAGUGAAGAACACGAAGAGGAGGAUGAAGAAGAAGAAGAGCAGGACUAUGAGGAGGAGGAGGAAGAAGAUGACGAAGAAGAGGAGGAGGAUGAAGAAGAAGAGGAGGAGGAGGAAGAGGAGGAAGAAGAGGAGGAGGAAGACGAUGGAGGGAUGGGGGAGGAAGGAGAGGACAGCAACGAUGGAAGUGGAGAUGGCAACGAGGCUUACGAGGGAGAUGACACAGAGGGGGCUGAUGUAACAGACCCAGGCACAGAGACGGAGGAGAGUAUGGGGGCGACGGACUCCACCCAGAGGCCAGCGGAUUCCCAGACACCCAGCUUCGAGGGGAGUUCAAUGGAGGCCUUCCCAGCAGAGCAGCCUAUCACGAGUUCCGGUACCCGUAUGCCUCAGUCGCCACGGCGACCAAUGCAACAGCUGCCCCCGCGCCUCAACAUCCACACCACCUCCACAUCCGAACUGGGACCUCCUGCUCAGGUUCAACGUAUCCCUGUUCGUCGCCAGUCGGUUGGCAGGCUGACACCAGGAAUGGCGGGCGGUGCUCAGCACUUCUAUGACGAAGAUGACAGGAUGGUUCCCAGUACUCCCACUCUGGUGGUGCCUCAUCGACCUGAUGGUUUUGACCAGGCCAUCCAUUCUCCCCAGGUGACCGGGGUCCCUCGCUUCCGGUUCGGUCCCCCAGAAGACAUGCCGCAGGCCGCUUCCUCCUCUCACUCGGACCUGGGACAGCUGGCGUCACAAGGAGGUCUUGGGAUGUAUGAAAGUCCUCUGUUCUUAGCUCACGACGAGGAGUCUGGUGGACGCAGUGUUCCCACCACACCACUACAAGCCUCGGCGCCAGUAACGGUCUUCUCAGAGGCGGCCCAGUCUGACGCAACAGAGCACGCCUCCCAGUCGGUCCCCACGGUGAGCACGUCCACGCCAGCCCUGGUGGUGCCGGCCAGCACCGGCGAGGAAAGAGACGACGUCUUCCUGGAGCCGGACACUGAUAGGGCCAGUGCUGAAGCGUCAGUAGAUCCUGUGGCAUCCCAGGAGGACGUGGAGGAGUCGAGCCAGUCCCCCGACAAGCCCAGCCUUUCCUCCACCAGCCAGGAGCCUUCCUCCAGCUCUGCAGAUACAAGCAGCGCUCCACCCAAACCCUCUCGCCCUGGACCGAGCAGACAGCUGCAGCGCUGGCCGGAGAGCCGCGGUGGACGCAUGAAGAGAGGAGGUCAGGCCUUACCCGGAAGACGAUUUGCAAGAUGAAGCACUAACCAGAGGACCGGACAACCAUUCCCAUCAGAACCACAGUUCAUCAUAGCGAUUUAGAUGUUUUUCUUUAAAGUUGGAUUGUUUUGUCCGUUUUUUGUUGUUUUUUUUUUUUUUUCUUUUUUUGCCUUGUUUCUCUCAAUGUGCUUAGAAAAUAUCUUUUUGUACUCAUGUGAGUUCAAGCUGAAGCGGUGUGUUUUAUGAAGAUAUAAUAAAGUUAAAAAGAAAACCGUUGUAAAAGCUGUCUUGUCAGACGCUGAUCUUCUAGGAUUUCUUGGGACAUUUGAAGACGUCGCUGGUCUGAGGGGCCACGUUUGGCUUCGGAGGAGCGAUGACGGGGCGUUGGCCGUCCAGCCUCACGCUGUAGGACUUGGCUGCAGAGUGAUCGGAAUAAUUAGGGAACAGGUUAGGAAAAUAAUAUUUAUAUUGAGCAUCUCAGACAUGAAUGUCUUUGCAGUCAGACAAGUGAAGUAUUCUUUUAAGUUUAGUGUGGAACAAAGGAGAGGAUGAAAACUGCUAACAGAUUAAACACCACCUCAACAUUCGUUUCGUCCAGGUCUGUUAUGUUUCAAAAGCUGGGUUUCACCUGAUUGUCCAAAUUCAUGAUGUACAACAAUGGAAGAAAAGUACUUUGGGCAGGUUCAGAUCUGCAAAGUGUUGGAUGCUUAAUUUUCGGAAGGUGAAGGCUGACUUACUUCUUGAGUAGACGACGUAUUUGUACCCGUCUGGUUCUCUGGUGCUCGGCACAGACACGGCAGCCGUUAUGGUGGAGGGGAAGCCCCUCCAGGAAGUACGGAUGUUGAUGGUUGGUUCUAAAACUGACACUGGAAAACAGAGUGGAGUCUUAUUUGAUGCACU